UCGCUCCGCGCUUUCCGGGUUCCGCGGCCUCACGAGCCUCCGUGGCGCCGCCUCAGCCCCGUGUGUCCCGCUGAGACGCUCGGAACUCAGGUGUCGGAGGAGGAACGUGUGAAUGGCGGACUCGCCUGCGACUCGUGUUCAGGGGUGACGCGCUGGUGGCUGGUGAGGGGGACGCUUUGUGCUUCGUUCCCUGCCUAUUUUAUGCCUCGCGUUAAAGGAUGUCUCGUGUCCCUUUGGGGAAGGUUCUUCUGCGAAAUGUCAUUCGGCACACAGACGCACAUAACAAGAUUCAAGAAGAGUCGGAAAUGUGGAAAAUACGGGAGAUGGAAAAGCAGAGCAAAGACAUACAUUGGGGCAAGGAAAAAAGAAUGCUUCCAGUUAGUUCCAGCAGCCGAAUGCGCAGUGAUGGGUUUGAUGAGGAGAGCCAGCAAGCCAACUGGAAGGCAAGGGACUUGGCUCCUGUGUCAGUGACGAUGGAAGAUGACCUUCGGCAUGCCCGAUACUGGAACAAGAAGCUCUAUGAAUGUGAAGCUAACAUGCCAGACAGGUGGGGCCACAGCGGGUACAAAGAGUUAUAUCCAGAAGAAUUUGAUACAGACAGUGACCAAGGGCAAGAUGAACAAAACUCGGUGAACGGAAAAAGAAAAUCUCAGCCUGGCAAGCAGUCUUCUCUCGAGCUGUCCAAAAGGAAAAAGGCCAAGAAGUCACAUAAGAAGAAACAGAAAAAGAAAUCUCACAAGAAGCGAAAGAAGAAGAAACGGGAGCAAUUGAGUGCAGCAGCGGAUUCUUCCCAGGAGUCUGAAGGUUCAGAGGGCGACGCUGAGAAGAGGAAGCGGAAACGUCAUAAAAAGGCCAGGAAGACUUCCACGAAGGCACCGGCCUCUUCCUCAGGACAAGGCAGUGACUCUAGCAAAGCAAACAGCUGUGCCUCUAGCACCUCUGCAGACAGCGAACCAGAGGAGGAACAGGAGAGGCAGCCGAAGAAAAAGAGGAGGAAACGUCACACGUCUGUGUCAGAAAGAUGCAGCGAGAGGGUGCAGGAGAAGCGCAGCAAGAGGAAGAACUGGAAAGUGGCGGCUGAUGAGAAUUCCGAGGAUAGUUCGGACGAGGACUAACAGAAAGGGAACAGCUUGCUCUGUGAUUGUGGGGGGGGCUUAUUUUCGGAGAGAGCAGGUCUGGCCCCCAACUGCUGCCCCCUUGGAACAAACAGCAGUCUGAACUGGCCACAUAACAACUCUCAGAUCCGAGUUCUGCAAACCUUGGUAACUUGCAAGGGACAGCUUUGCCUUUCAUGCCAAUUAGAAACUAGACAGGAAGUGAGAGUUCUCAGUGAUAGCUCCUGUUUGUCCACUCCAGAUUCUGUCUGGAUACCCCAUCUGUUCGUAACAGUAUGAACUCUUAAAUCAAAAAGUGCUACUCUUCGAGACAGCACAGAAGGGAACUUGAUGACGUUUGGUCCCCUUUGCUUUUUAAAAACCUGACUGUAUUUUUAAUGGCCAAUGCGUAAAAGCUAAUUGCAAUAAAUAAUGAAGGAAAUAAGUUAGAAGCUUCCCCAAGCUGCCAACAUACAUUUGCCACACACCCUUUUGUCACUUGCGUGGAGAAGCAGAUGGUCAUGGACAGGACGUGGCAACAGGUACACAGAUCAAGCGGAGAGCAAGCAGCGUGGGCCGUGUGGCCACCCUACGCUCCUGUAAGACCUACUGUGGUGCAGAACUACCAUACAAUCGCCACCGUGAGCUUCAGUGUACUGUCUCUGCUAGCCAUCUUGUGGACAGAUGGGAGCUCAGAGCCACACUGGCCCUGCAAGAAAGUGUUCGAUACUGUCUGCUAUAUUCCGUCUGUAAAAAUGGUUGUCGUCUUUGCUGGGAACUGGUGCGUGUUCAAGCUGCUCUCUCUUGCAGUUCUUGCCAUGCAGUCAAGGAAUUCUACUACCAAGCAAAAGUUAGGAAGUGAAUGAUAAGAGCAGAUGGAGUGAUGGAGCAGCAGUUCUUAGUUCAGAGCACAGAAGAGGCCAGGACCUUGCUCCGUCUGGCCCUUCCUUGUGGGAUGCCUCUCUAGGAAAUUUAAACUUAGGACACAGAAUUGUAUCCGUGAAGGAUCCAUGGUGUAAUUAGUCAGGACUGGGUUGACUUUCAUGCAAAACUCCUCCGAACCUCCAAAUGCAGACAUGCCACCUUUGUGUUAGAGGAGGCAGUAGGAGAGGUGGAUUUGUUCAGAAGGUUGGCUUAGCUCACCACACAGCCUCGUGGCUGCAGAGAUAUUCACUCAAGCAUACAGCUAACAUACAUUAAUCAUAAUCCCCCUUCCCCCCAUUAGUUCUCUCAGUGGCAUAUGUACAUCACAGACCUAUCUUGGUUAACAGUCAUUCCCUCUUCCCCAAAAGAGCUCAGGUGCUCAGCAUUGAGUUCUUCACAUUCUCCGCAAAAUGCAAUUCCCAGACUACUUUGGGGGAAGCCAUGACAAUUAAUCAGCUAUAAAACGGCUGUUUGCAGAGUUGAUAAUGUCCAUAUUUUGUCUUUUACAAAAGGGGACUGUUGCAAACACAAGGCACUAACUCAGGAUAAUGGGCUGGUUGGAAUGGGGGCUCAGGCUUUUCCCUCCCUAUUUCUGGCUCCCCAGUUGUUUACCCUUAAUGGUCCCAUAUCAUAUUCCUUGUCUCAGUAACUUGCUGCUGGAACUUUACUUUUUAUCAGCCAUUUUGACCACUUCCCACCCAACCACCCCUCGGCCUCCCUCCGUAAAGGCAACUGUCUGGCAUUCCAUGGCUGUGGAAUCAUGUUCCAAAGAUCAGAAUGCCAGGUUUUCUGUCCUGUGUUGUGGUACCAGCAUAUAAAACAUAUUUUUUAAAAUAACUGUAAUGUGUUGAUAUAAAAAGCAAGGCAAUUGGAAGUACUUUGUACAAAAUUGAACUAUUUUUUUAUAUGUGCAAAAUACUGGCAUGAAUAUGUUCAGGUCUGCAAGAAUAAACAGUGUUGACUUCAGCCAUCGAA